AGCGCCGGCGGCCGCCGCGGGGCAUUGUGGGGCUUGUAGUUCUGGGCUGCAGGCGGAGGCAUGUGCGCGAGUCGCGGGGUCUCCACCCGGCUGCAGCUGAGCAAAAGGAGAGGGGGGGAAGGGGGUGUUCCUGCACUGAGUGAAACCUUCUGCACAAAGAUCCACCAAAAGCAGAAGACAGUCAGUGUUGCCUAUGACUCUCCCGGAGGAAAUAGUCUGGGCAAAGCAAACGAAACAGAGGGCAAGAAGCAGAAGUGGGCGCCAAAAAACUGGGAACAGCACCUGAGCAACAUCCGGGAAAUGAGGAAGGAGAGAGAUGCCCCUGUGGACCAGAUGGGUGCUGGGAAAUGCUUUGACAGUGAUGCUCCUCCAGAGGUUAGGCGCUACCAGGUCCUCUUGUCACUCAUGCUCUCCAGCCAAACCAAAGAUCAGGUGACUUCGGCGGCCAUGAUGCGCCUGAGGGAACAUGGCCUCACUGUGGACAACAUCUUGGAGACUGAUGACGUAACUCUAGGCCAGCUCAUCUACCCUGUGGGGUUUUGGAAGCGGAAAGUGAGCUACAUCAAGCAGACCACAGCAAUUCUGAAGCAGGACUAUGCUGGAGACAUCCCAAGGACUGUGGCGGAGCUGGUGAAACUCCCAGGGGUUGGACCCAAGAUGGCCCAUUUGGUGAUGGACAUUGCCUGGCAGGACGUCUCUGGAAUUGGUGUGGACACACAUGUGCACCGGAUUUCCAACAGGUUGAAGUGGGCAAAGAAGGAAACAAAGCUUCCUGAGGAGACUCGGCUGGCUCUGGAAGAGUGGCUCCCCAGAGAUCUCUGGAGCGAGAUAAACUGGCUUCUUGUUGGGUUUGGGCAGCAAGUCUGCUUACCUGUAAAUCCACGCUGCAGUGAAUGCCUCAACAGGGACAUCUGUCCGGCUUCGAGGAAGCGCUGAGAGAUGCGACACUUACUGGAACAGGCCACCAUACUGGGGGACUAGGACUUGGGGGCCCACCAAUGGACUGAUGAUGCUGUAGCUGACCUGCCAGUGGCUUGAGCAAGAGGGAUUUUGACACUGAAAUCUGGUGGCACUAUAGCAACGACUCUGUUCCUGGUCUCCAAGCCAUGCACAAGUGAGAGGGGUCCAAAUAGCAUUGUUCCUCAUAAAAGGACCAUAGAGUUGACUGAAGUGUGGUGUCACAGGCUGCCCUGAAAGGACUCCUUUUAACCCAAGUAUGAAGCCAGACAGAGAGUGGUUAAAUAAGUGCAACGUAUUGGGCUAGAUCCCAGACUAAGUUAGCUGGACUCAAGUCCCACUUAAAUCAGUUGCACGUGUACAUCUUGACAUACCGUAACUCAGUUC